UUUGUUUAUUUUUGUCCAACAGAAUUUAAAACGAAUAAAUCUCUAGUGUAUCCUCAGAAGAUAGACUUCACCGGCGCUGUUAUGGGCCUUCUGCGCUUGCAAUCAAUGUACAGCCUUAAUAAAACUCAGCUCUCUGAAGGAUUACUUGUCACUAAUUACAGUCAAAGCGGAAAACCGUAUAUUGAACGCUUCAUACCUAUGACAAUUGGAGACUGUUUCGAGCUAGCAAUGGAGUUAUACAGAAUGAACUAUUACGACCAAGGUGUAAUGUGGAUGCACGAAGCUGUGCGCAAAUUUGAGAAUCAGUUAUUUAAUGAUGACCAUAGGUAUUCUAGACGGGAUAUAAUGUAUCAACUCAACCAUGGCUAUGAUGCUUUAGAUCAAUUCAUCAAAAACUUUGAACCUUGGAUCGCUAGACUAAAGGCUCGGUAUCCAACAGUUAAUCUCCAAGAUAAAAACUACUUGUGGGGUUGCUAUCGAGAGAAGAGGUCCUUGGAAGCCACCUUUAAAUCACUUCAGAUGGAAGAUAAAUAUGAACAGUGGCUUGAAGAAGAAUCGGGUGAUUUUGACGCUUACGAAGAAAACAUUUUCUUUCACCUUUGUCGCCAUGCAAUCCCAGCCUCUGCAAAAACUACCAAGAGAUUGAAGUGCCACUACAAGUACGGUCCACAUCCGUUCCUGCGUCUAGCGCGAGUGAAGAUGGAGCUGCUGCAUCGCAAUCCUGACGUCAUAAUGUACCAUGACGUCAUCAGUGAUGCAGAGAUAGAACUGCUUAAAAAAUUCCCUCAUCCGUUGGAGAGAUGUGAAGUACAUGAUGGCGAUGUAAACAAGACGAGCCCUGACCGGAUCUGCAAGGGAGUCUUCCUCAACGAGUCCUUCCCCCUCACCCUGCCCAUCCGCCGGAGGAUCUCCCACUUCACAGACCUCGACCUCGUGGCCACUGAGCGGCUGGUACUCACGAACUACGGGAUCGGCGGCCAUUUCGCACCGCACUACGAUUUCUGGAUUGAUGAAAAGACAAUCAAAGAACAAGGCAACAGAAUUGCAACUACUGUUAUUUAUCUGUCUAACGUGGAACAAGGCGGAGCGACGGUGUUCCUUUCCUUGCGACUCACUAUCUUCCCUGUAAAGGGUGCCGCGUUGUUCUGGCGGAACCUGCUACCUUCAGGAGACUUUGACUUCCAAACCUUCCACACUGGUUGCCCCGUGCUACGCGGAACUAAAUGGAUACUCACUCAGUGGAUAAACAUACGUGGUCAAGAGAUUCGUCGUCCAUGUCCUGCUAACUAUAAAAAAAAAUAGAUAUCGUAGAUAGAUGAUUAGGUAUAGGUUUAAUGGAACACUGUGUUGGCUCACCUCGAAAGUGACAACGCUAGUGAUUUAUGUUUAUCCGUUAAGAUAGAAGCUUUAUUUUAUUACAGAUAAGAUUUGAAUAAUUAUAAUGGGUAGACGAAUAAACUUUUUGAAAACCAUGUUUUCCGUUACUGUAUAUAUUUUUUUUAUAAAUAAACCAACCAAAGAGACUU